AUGGCCAAAAGUGGAAAAACUCUGCCACAGGGCAGCCCAGUGCCAGUCCAGGAUCCCCACCUCAUCAAGGUGACAGUGAAGACACCCAAGGACAAGGAGGACUUCUCAGUUACAGACACAUGCACCAUCCAGCAGCUGAAGGAAGAGAUAGCCCAGCGCUUUAAGGCCCACCCUGAUCAGUUGGUCCUAAUCUUUGCCGGCAAAAUUCUCAAGGACCCUGACUCGCUGGCACAGUGUGGAGUGCAAGAUGGCCUCACUGUCCACUUGGUCAUCAAGAUGCAGCGCCGCCCCAUAGGCACAGAGUGCCCAGCUGCUUCAGUCCCUGCCUCAGCCCUAGGCCCUGGGCCACUCCCUCAGUCCAGCCCCAUUUACCCAGCAGAUGGCCCUCCCAUCUUUAGCUUAGGGGUCCUCAGAGGCCUCAGUGGGCUGGAUCUGGCCUCUGGCAGUUUGUCCGACCAACAGAGCUCACGGAUGUGGCAGCACGUGUCUGUGCCUGAGUUCAUAGCUCAGAUCAUCGAUGACUCUUUCAUCCAGGGUCUGCUGUCUAACACAAGCCUGGUGUGCCAGCUGGUUCUCAACAACCCCCAUAUGCAGCAGCUGAUUCAGCAUAACCCCGAGAUCGGGCAUAUUCUCAACAACCCUGAAAUCAUGCAGCAGACACUGGAGUUUCUACGCAACCCUGCCAUGAUGCAAGAGAUGAUGCGUAGCCAGGACCGGGCACUCAGUAACCUGGAGAGCAUCCCUGGCGGCUACAAUGUGCUUCGUAACAUGUACACUGAUAUCAUGGACCCAAUGUUGAAUGCGGUACAGGAGCAGUUUGGCGGCAAUCCCUUUGCUACUAGUGCUACUGUUACUGCUACCAGCAGUAGCAAUCGGCCUUCAAGGAUGGAGAACUGUGACCCUCUCCCCAACCCCUGGGCUUCCACUUAUGGAGGCUCAGGAGGCAGGAGGGCCAGGCAGCCUGGCGACCAUGAUGUAUCUGCAAUUAGAAAUAGGGUUCCCAACAUCCUGGGUAAUGUAGGACUCUCUGACUAUCUACAGCAAUUACAUGAUACCUCCCAGUCCCUGGGAGCCUACUUGCAGGGAAUGGCAUCCAUCCUCCGCCCAAACCAAGAACCAGCGUCACAGAGAAACACAGUUCCCCCAACUUUGUCCCAGGACCCUGAGCCAGGCAUACCGCUCCCCAGACAGACAGUAGCAUUGAAGGGAAGGUCCUCCUGCCCAGCCUUCCUGAGACACCCCACAGGGAGCGGUACUAGACAAGGUAGGGGCCACAAUGUUCCAGGGAACAGCUCCACUGGCCACAGCAUCAACAUGCCCGAUCUUGUCUCAGGGUUGGGGGAUUUUGCCAAUAGGGUGCUAUUUGCUCCUUCACCACCAUUCCCCAUGGCUGUUACCCCUGGAAUCCUGGAGCAUGCCUGGCUGCCACAGCCAGCCUAUUCAAGGUCUCUGAGGCCAACCAGCAUGUAUCAGGCCCCACAGUUGCAGGGGGAUAUGCGCCAGCAGCUGCCGUUGCUGCUGCAUCUUCAGGCAUCCAUGGCAAACCCUCGCGCGGUACAGGCCCUGCUGCAGAUUGAACAGGGCCUGCAGCUCCUGGCCACAGAGGCACCUCGCCUGCUCUUCUGGUUCAUGCCUCGCCUCACAGGGCUGGGAGGUCUGGCAGGAGUCACAGAGCCUAAAGAGGGAGCCAUUGUGCCAGAGGAGCUACCCACAGCCCCAGCUCCUGAGGUUCCUCUAGUACAGGGCUCCAUGGAGCAGGGGCUGCAUUCCACCCCCUUCCUCCAGAUGCUGCAGGCCUUGGCUAGGGCCAAUACCCAGCAGCUGCAGCCUGAGACUCACUUCCGGGUACAACUAGAACAACUUCGGGCCUUGGGGUUUCUGAAUACUGAAGCCAAUCUCCAGGCUCUCAUUGCCACGGGAGGUGAUGUGGAUGCUGCUGUGGAGAAACUGAGGCAGCCAUAG